UCCACAUGCUUCGUCCAAAUUAUUAGCAGAAGCUUGGUGGGAUUGUUAUGGUGAUGAGUUAUUCAACGUGUUACAUACACUGUCUCUGUAUGAGAUUUAUAAUUUACAGACACUUCGGAAAAAUUUAUUCCACUGUAAACAAGCAUCUAUGCUCUUAUUUUUUGGUGAGUAAAUGCAAACAGCAAAUUCAGUGUAGUUUCUGGCAUAAUUCUGUCCUGUAAAAAUAAAGGCUGUGUGGACCUUGCUGUGUGUACACAUUUGGAAAAUUUCCUCACACUGGAAGACUGCUGAAUGGGUUGUAGAAUCACAGGGGCAAAAACACAUGUACUUUUUUAGUUGCCAGUUGAACCCCUUCAUACUUCUUUCAAGUCAUCUGCACUGUUAAGAAAUAGAUAUUGUUAGACUGACUCCAAAAUAGUUGUAGUAUUUGUAUUCUUUGAAAUAUACGCACCAAAACACUGCAUAAUCUUUUUUCUGUGUAUGAGGGGAAGUGCUGCUGCAAAUAAGGUAAAAGUGAUUUGCAGUACUUAUUUUGCAAGUUUGUUUUCCUUUUCAUACUCAUUUUUAUUGUUUUAUGGUAUGCAAAUGCAUCUCUGCAGUGCAUUAAAAAUGUAUGUAAAGUGCUUGGAGGCAAAUGGUGGUGCAUAAUUGACUGUGCACAUGUGUUAUAAUAGAGGAAUAAAUUCCAUUAAUAAAGAGUAAUAAAAGUUAUGUUUUUUUUCUGUGAAAAAGAGCAUAUUUAUAUCCUUACAUUACUCAUGUUGCAGACUAAUAAAUUUUGCUCUGAAUAAUUGAUUCUUUAUUUUAGAUCAUAUUUUUGGAGGAUUCCAGCACAGAGGUUUCUGGAGUCUGCUGUGUCUAGCCAUAAUGAGUUUGUCACUGGUUGCUUAUGAUGAUUCAGACUCUGAGACAGAAACUGAAAACACUGAAGUCCCCAAUACUUCGAGCAAACAAGCAAGCCAGCCAAGUUCUUCUGUGAAUUGUGUUCAGUACUUUGCACCUGGUAGUUUGGGUACGAAAUCUACAUAUGAAAUGCAGCCUACUGAGAACAUGGACUGUUCUGGCACAAGCACUGCUUGUGAAGAUGCCUCUGAGCAUUAUGUACAGAAUAACAAUGCUGAUUUGACAUCUCCUUAUUUUAAGAGCGCAUACUCUGGCCAUAUUGCAUUAUGUAUGUCCUACAAAAACUAUGAACAAGCAUCAAGCUCUUCAACAAACUCUGGAAAUGUCGUUUCCCACAAGAGAAUACACAAAGACAGUACUACUGCCAUAAAGGGGAUUAGACCGUAUAUCCCUAAAAGAUUGCGUCAAGAAAAUUCCAGUAUGCCUGAGGAAAAAGAAUGUGAUCAGAGAGAAAACUCAGAUUGUGAUGUUAAGCUAGGCAUAUCAGGAGAGCAGACUUUGAGAAAGAUCUCUGAAUUAAUUAAGCCAUAUUUGGGAUCCAAAUAUAAGUUAACUGAAGUCCCCAAAAGCUUAAUAUUCAUGUCUAAACACAGUGGCCCUGUCAAUGAAAUCCAGUGGUGUCCUGUACGGGAACAAAGUCACAUGCUUCUCUCUGCUUCUAUGGACAAAACAGUCAAGGUAUGGGAUGCUGUAGAUACAGGCUGCUGUUUGAAAACAUACUCCUGUCACUCUUGUGCUGUUCGAGCUGCCCAGUGGUCAUCUUGUGGAAGAAGGAUCCUUAGUGGGGGCUUUGAUUCCAUGCUGCAUUUAACAGAUGUAGAAACAGGGAAGCAGAUAUUUAGCAGCAAAAAUGAAUUUAGGAUCAGCUCACUGAAGUUCCACCCUACAGACUCAAAUAUUUUCAUUUGUGGAGGGUUCAGCCCAGAAGUUAAAUCUUGGGAUAUAAGGACUUCUAAGGUGUUAAGAGUGUACAAGGCUGCUCUGCAACAGACAUUGGACAUACUCUUUCUCCCAGAAGGAAAAGAAUUUCUUACAAGCACAGAUGCAGUAAGCCGUGACUCAGCUGAUCGUACCAUUAUUGCAUGGGACUUCCAAAGUGCUGCAAAAAUCUCCAAUCAGAUUUUCCAUGAGCGUUACACUUGCCCGAGUCUGACUCUGCACCCAAAAGAGUCUGUGUUUGUUGCUCAGACAAAUGGGAACUACAUGGCUUUGUUUUCUGCGCAGCGACCUUACCGAAUCAACAAGAAGAAAAGAUACGAAGGACAUAAGGUGGAAGGUUUUGCUGUGGGCUGUGAAUUUUCUCCAGAUGGAACACUUUUGGUGACAGGAAGUUCAGAUGGCAAAGUGUUUUUCUAUAACUAUCAUACUGCUAGGAUUAUUCGCACUUUGUCUGCACAUAACGAAGCUUGUGUGAGUACAAUAUUUCACCCAGUCUUGCCAUCACUUCUUGCAACAUGUGAUUGGGCUGGAGAAGUCAAGAUCUGGCAAUAGCAAGCAGAGUUACUUUUCAGGCUGUCUUCUGUUAGUCUGUCAAAGGCACAGGAAAUAAACCAUGGUAUGCAAUGUGAAAUUUUGUUGUGAUGUGGUAAACAAAGAGGCUGUUGUCUUUUCUUUUAUGACCUCUAAGUGUAUGCUUUCAUAAUGCAGUUAAGAUGGCCUUGUCAUUAGCUGCUUAGCAAGUGUUUUUACUCUCUCCCUCAGCCCUGAUGACAAAUUUCUGCCUGUGACAAUUUUUUUGUGUCUUCUGCUACUCAUCUGGCCCCACCCUGGUUUGAGUAGCUAAACUUAAUAAAAUUAUUGCUCUUUUAAUGGAGCUUUUCAGUGCAGCUUUCUUAAAUCAGGCUGUGUCAUAGAAUUAUUUAGAUUGGAAAAGACCUCUAAGAUUGUCAAGUCCAAUCAUUAACCCAGCACUAUAUAACCUUAUGUCUCUACGUGUCACAUCUACACAUCUUUUAAAUACUUUCAGGGAUAGUGACUCAGCCACUUCCCUGGGCAUCCUGGUCCAAUGCGUGACAACCCUUUUGGUGAAGGGAUUUUUCCUAAUACCCAGUCUAAACCUCUCCUAGUGCAACUUAAGGAAACUUCCUCUCAUCCUUACCAAAAGUUGGUGAGGACAUAUUAUUUAACAGAGGAUGACAUUCAGAUCAGUUAAUACCUAUUUUAUCUUCCUGGGAUUUCUUUUCGUUGAUUUAAACUAAUUUUCACUAGGUUUGCUCCCUGACCUGGUCACUGAGGGGUUGAUGGGCGCUAGUGUAGUUCAAGGUAAAACAACUUCCUUGCACAAAAAGGGGGAAGAUCACAGGGCAGGUGGGAAUGCUUCUUUUGGAAAUGGGUGGAUGUCACUAGCUCAAUUUAUUGUAAAAUGCCUUCUGUGAGUUCCAGGGAAAGGGAAAGGUGUGCCAGAUAAUUUGAAGCUAAUUUUGAAGUCAGUAAAUUUGUGUUCUUGAAAUCCUGGUGUUUAAUGAUGAGUUUUAAACUUACAUUUAUGUAAACAGAGCAAAACUAUAUGUAAACACUUUUAGUGAAAAAAUAAAUGGCUUUUUU